AUGAAGUUGACUAACUUCCCUAUACUUAUCCCUGCUUUUACAGCGCAAAUCGCCAUCAAUGAUCCUCUCAUCAUAAGUUCCAACCUUCUCAACAUCCCUUUCAUUCCGGACGUGGGCACGCUUGUCUCUGAACCCGGCUACGAACCUCCUCUCAAGGCAACAUUCAUUCAGGGUAGCGACUUUCUACGGCGUGACCCGGACGGGCAAUGGGUCAAGCUUGAAGUUUCGAGCGUUGCUCGUGAUAUAUCAGGCGCUAUGCUACGCUUCAGUUACAAUGGCGUCGUAGAUAUGGAGGGGGAUGAGGGGAAGGUAAUCCGAGGAGAUGCAAAUGCCACAACGACGGGGUUUGGAAACGCCUUUAUACAGAUUAGGUUCGAGACUGAUGCCCCUGGUCUGAAACUCUUGCAGGACAAGGUCUAUGUUGGCUCGGGCAGAUUCAUCGUUAAGGAAGACCGUCCUAUUAUCGUAGAAUACAAAAUCAGCGAGGUGAGUGCGCAGUGCAAUAAGAAAACAAAGUCUGGCUGA